AUGGCGGGACCUUUACUGUAUACUCGUUUAAAUAAUCGAGUAAUUUUCAAGCAAAGCAAUACGAAUGGCGAGAAAGAUGGGGUGCUCUCGUUGGGUCCUACGGAACUGGAUAUCAGCAUUGAACCUUUAGAUUCGUUUCCCACAUUAGCAGACAUACGUAAGGUUGCGGGUAUUAUUGGCUGUAUUAAAUUAAAGACCAAUUCAUAUGUUAUUAUAGCUCACAGAGUUGAGGAGUACGGCACGCUGGCUGGCCACAAAGUUUUUAAAGUUGUGGAACAUACGAUUAUUCCUUUGAACAGCCUUGCCAAGAAGGACAAGGACGAACAACAGUACUUAGCUCUUCUGGAUUUACAUUUGUCAAAUGCGACACUCUUCUUUUCAUACACCUACGAUUUGACUAAUUCAGCCCAACGGAAUGAGAAGCUAGGGGCCUAUUCCUGGCAAACUGCUGAUACUCGCUUUUUCUGGAACCAUUUCGCGACCGAGAACCUCAGAAAAAUUGCAGCAGAAGAUCUGCGCGCUGCUGGCUAUAUCCAACCUAUGAUCUUCGGCUACGCUCGUUUCGUUCAAUCGUCACUCCAAGGAACUCCUAUCACGAUCGGGCUUGUCACGAGAAGAAGCAUAUUCCGAGCUGGAACAAGGUAUUUCAGACGUGGAAUUGAUGUCGAAGGAAAUGUCGCAAAUUUCAACGAAACUGAACAGUUUCUAGUAACCGAAAGCGGCACCAAAAAUGGCCACAAUGACUUCUUCUCUUUCCUGCAAACUCGAGGAUCAGUGCCUGUUUACUGGGGAGAGGUCAAUACCUUGAAGUACAAGCCAAACCUUGUUUUGGGGGAGAGCUCCUCAUUAGAUGCCUUUUCCAAACAUUUUGAGCAACAGAAGGAGCUGUACGGUGUAAACUACUUAGUGAAUUUGGUGAAUCAGAAAGGUCAUGAACUACCGGUUAAGAACUCUUACGAAUCUGCAGUGAGUGCUUUGAAUGAUCCUAAGAUUCAUUACGUUUACUUCGACUUUCAUCACGAGUGUCGUAAAAUGAAGUGGCACAGGGUAAAACUGCUCAUUGACCAUCUCCAAAAGAUGGGUCUGGACCCUAAAGACGUCUUUCAUAAGUCAAUGGAUUUGAGUGGUAGGACCAUUGAAGUUUUAAGGGAGCAAAGUUCCGUUGUAAGGACUAAUUGUAUGGAUUGUUUGGACAGAACCAAUGUGGUUCAAUCAGUUCUUGCUCACUGGGUUUUGCAACAAGAAUUUGUGACAGCUGGCGUUAUUUCUCCUGAGCUAGUAUGGGAACAAGACCUUAAACUUUUGGUUCAGUUCCAGAGCUUUUGGGCAGAUAAUGCCGAUGCUGUGAGUUCUGCCUAUUCGGGAACAGGUGCCUUGAAGACGGAUUUCACGAGAACUGGAAAGCGCACCCAUUCUGGAGCACUUCAGGAUUUUGUCAACUCCGUUUCGCGUUACUACCAGAAUAACUUGACGGAUGGUCCACGUCAAGACAGUUUCGAUUUGUUUUUAGGGAACUUCUUGCCUUAUCGAGUAGGAGCUCAGUCCCCAUUCGACGAUAGAAGACCAUUCACUAUACAAAUUGUUCCCACUGUUAUCUGUGCAGCAUUGACAGUCAUAGCCGCCACCAUAUUUUUCCCCAAAGACCAUUUUACCAGUGUUAAGAACUUGUCGUUUUUGUUUUUCUCCACCACUAUUUUGGGCCUAUCGGUGAGAUUUAUUCUUCAAAAUGGCGUUCAAUAUGUUAACUGGCCAAAAUUUGUAGACCUUGGAUUCUUGGUUGCGGUUCAGACCCAUAACAAAGAGCGCACAUUCAAAGGAGUAAGAUUUGUUCAAAGCUCCAGCUUCGCUAAACCAGGUGAUACAAAGAGGGAUUAG